AUGUCUGCAAAGAGAACAAGUGGAAGUGGUGUUAGUACAACAGAACAUACAAACAGAAAAGAUCCAGCUUGGAAAUAUGGUGUCCAAGUAGAAGUUCCAGGGGAAGGGAAAAGUUAUGUCUACAUACAAUGCAAAUUUUGCAACAAAGUGAUUAAAGGAGGAGUAAAACGAAUGAAAGAUCACUUGGGGGGUACACAUAAAAAUGUUGUGCCUUGUGAUAAGGUACCCCCUGAUGUUAAGCAAGAGAUCAAUGACUAUGUGAAAAAAAAACAAGCAAUGAAGCACAAGACACAAGAAGAAUUUGAUUUAUCAGUUGAUGUAAGCUCUUACUUUGGCACACGUCCAUCAUUUGAAGGAAUGGAUUCAUGUCCAAGCGAGCAUAAUCACACAAGGGGAGUUCGAGGGCCAAUGGAUCGAUUUGUCACUAAUGUUGAUGGGGAAGAUGAGGUUGAUACGGGAACACAACCAACAAUUACUCCUACAGCUACAAAUUCAAAAGAAGCUCGUAAUUUGGUUUGCUUGGAUAUUGGAAGAUUCUUUUUUGAGAAUGGAAUUGCUUUCAAUGUGAUUAAAAGUCCUUCUUUUGCUAACAUGGUGAUGUCAAUAGGCAAUUAUGGUCGGGGACUUAAACGGCCAUCAAUACAUGAAUUGCGCAAUUGGAUUUUGAAUGAAGAAAUCAAGACAACAAAUAAAAUUGUGGAAGAGAUGAAAAGAACAUGGCCUAGCACAGGAGUUUCUAUAAUGUCGGAUGAAUGGAAAGAUACAAGAGGUAGAAGCUUAAUCAACUUUUUGGUUAACAAUCCUGAGGGAACAGUAUUUCUGAAAUCUGUUGAUGUAUCAAAUAAGGUGAAGGAUGGAACAUUCUUAUUUAAACUUCUUGAUGAUGUGGUUGAGGAGAUUGGGGAAGAAAAUGUUGUUCAAGUCAUUACAGAUAAUGCAUCAGCUUAUAAAUAUGCAUGUAAUCUCUUGAUGGAGAAAAGAAAACAAUUGUAUUGGACUCCAUGUGCCGCGCAUUGUUUAGAUUUGAUGUUAGAGAAACUUGGAGAAUUGCCUCAACACAAACAUGCAUUGAUGAAGGCAAAGAAGGUGAUGAAUUUCAUAUAUAAUCAUGGAUGGGUGUUGGCAUUGAUGAGAAAAUUCACACAAAGAGAGUUGAUUCGACCAACAGCUACAAGAUUUGCUACAGCAUAUUUAACUUUACAAAGCCUUCUUCAAUCAAAACAAUGA